AUGCCUCCGUCCCCAGCGCCCUCCCCGCGGCCCAGCUCCAUCAUUCCUCAGAUACCCCCUCCCUCCGCAGCCCUGCCCACACGUCCCACCACGGCCGCACACGCGAUAUACCUCCGCUUGCCACCGAUCGUGAACCAGUCUCCCCCCAUCAUCUUGCCCCAUCCGUCCUCCUCCCGCGAGAUAUUCACAUCCACCUACUCGCCCACCGCAAUUGCCGCCCUGCCCUCGUCACCCCCUGUCCCCCUCCCCGGGCCUCAUGCUCAGCUGCCCCCUCUGACGGCACCGACACCCUCGUUCUAG